CGAGGAGAGUGUCUCUCUCUCGCGUGGCUGCGAGAGAGACAGAACGGCCCAUUGAUCCGCCGCCUCGAGGCUGCCUCUCGUCCCGAGUGAUCUGGAAUCGCGAUCGGAAUCGCUUUGAAAGACGAUCUCGCACGCGAGUCGAGUAGUCGUGCGUUCGGCAAAUUCGAGAACGAAAGAGAAGUAAUCGCGAGAAACUUGCUUUCCCGAGCAUCGUCGGUUUGUUCUCUUCUCUCUCUCUCUCUCUCGAUAAGGUAUACUUUUCAAAUCGCGCGCUGUGUGUGGCCGAGUGUCUCGAUCGUGAGUCGUCGAACGGGUGGAAUCUUCCGGCACACUUUGUACAAAGCCGAAGGCGCGGUCUUGAAAAAGACUACGAUUGAAUCUCGCUCGAAGAUUGGUCGGACAAGAUUAUCGGCUUCUUAGAUCACGUUGAAAGUUUGUCAGAGUGCGACAGAGUUUCUCGCGUAGUGCAGAGAAUAUGAGACUUCAGCUCCCGAAGAAUCGUCUUAUUAAGGAAAGAGCGAGAGAGAGAGGGAUAUUCUGCUUCUCUCGAACGCAUAAGCGGCGUUAAAUUGUCGAGAGGUGUUCGAGAAGGUGGCAAUCGGAAGGUGCGAGCGAUUUGAUGACAUUUUCGAGAAGAGGCGUCGAUGGGAUUGAAGGAGCGCGGGGGGGACGCUCGUUAAGGCGCCUCUAAUAAUAGCGGCGCGCUCGCGAGUGUAGCAAGCGAUCUAUAAAUAGCGGUCUCUGGCCCCGUGGAAACACGAGCCCGUGGAUUUCACGGUGCAACCUGUGUGCCGACAGCGAAAACGGGAGAGAGAAAAAGGAGGGAAUCGCCGAGAGAAGAAUCAGCGCGGCCGAUUUGGAUAAGGCCAUCGAGGACUUAAUGUACGGAUUGAUUUGUGAAGUUGAAGAGUUCUCGAGAAGAGUGUGAUUUAAUCGGCGAUUUAUAUCGUGCGACGAGUAUUUCGGAGAAUGAUCCCGGAUCGCUAGAACCCGAGCUAGAACGAGAGACGAAAAUCGACAGACGCAGAGAUCGUCGUCCAGGAUGUGAUUCAAUUUUCGACUUGGAAUCUACUUGUCGCGAGCUACAAUACGUCAAACGAUAUCUAAUUUGAGACGAGAGAAAUGUUGGGGAAACAACCCACAAGGUUGGAAUUUUAUUUUAUUUAUUCUUGAUUUUUCUAGAGUGACUUGCGUUGGAUCGGAAAUCAGUGAGAAAGACAGAGAUUCUCUUGAAUCCGGGAUGAAUCGGCCGUCGGCUGGAAGCUAAUCGAGACUGAUAUCGAGAAGAAACUUUUCCAUGGAGUUUCCUAUUUUACUUUUCCAUCGUGAUAUCUCAGUUCGACUGGUGUGAUCCAAAGAUAUCGUACGUGAAAAGUUUUGACGCAGUCUUAGUGAAUGCGAUCAUCCGAGGGACAUCAAAGUGCAACCGUCGAAUAUCGAUGUCUUGGAACAACAUCCGAUCAUUUCGACGCAACCGACACAACCGGUUUAUCAAACGGAAUGCGAAGAAACUUCACAGUGUUUUCUUUUCUGCUUCGAGUACAGUGCAUAGUUUACAUACUUAAUGUUUCAAAUUUAUUUAGCAUGAUUUAAUGACACGUGCAACGCUAGAAAAGUACAUUUUACGCAUUAAACUGGUGAUUAGCUUUGACAAACGACUGAUAAUAAAUGUGCUAUUGGACUACUAUUAAUAUAUACUCGGAUCAUUAAGUUACUCGAGUUGUUUACGUGGGUUUGAUUCCAUCGUACGUGCUCUUCAUCUUUCACCGUUGACACAUCAUUGCAAAGUCGCAAUUACGCAAGACUGACCCGAACUCUAAUCUGACUUAUCGAUCUUAGUCUUACAAUAUUUAUACUAAAAAAAAAAAUAUUUGUGGACAGCUAAGUCUCUCCAAGAGAUCCCAGAUCCCUCGCGAUGCCCUCGUCCGGACGCUCCAGGGACUCUCAGUGAUACCGCGGAGGGCGAUCAUCCACCCCAGCGGAAGAUGAGCGGCGAGUGAGAGGAAGAGGCUGCCCCCCUCGAGCGACGGGGACCGUCGGGGAUCGACAUCCGGUCGCGAACGCGAAGCGGGUAGGACGCUCGCGCGGGGUCAGCGGCACGGUGGAGAGCGGUGCCACGGUGCGGGGGGUCGUGGUGGACCCCGGCGAUGACACAGCCAUGAUGGCCUACGGUGGCACCGCUGGUAACGGGGGCGCGAUGGGCCCCACGGCCGGUGGCGGCGGCAACGCCGGUGGCGCGGACGUUCUCGGCACCGCCGCCGGCGACUACAGCCCCCAGAGCACGCCCACGCCCUUGACCGGGCACACGACGACGAGCGGCUCGGUGGAGAACGCUUACACCCCCGGCACCACCGGGGCGGCCAGCUACAGUCCUCAGGACAGCCCGGCGAGCUCCGCCGGGGGCAGCGGCAACGGCCAGCUGCCGAGUUUCGGCUUCACCCAGGAGCAGGUCGCGUGUGUCUGCGAGGCGAUGGUGUCGAAUGUCCAGGUUCUCCAGCAGGCGGGCUCCGUGGAGAGGCUCAGCAGAUUUCUCUGGUCCCUACCGGCAUGCACCAGGUUGCAUCGGCACGAGAGCGUCCUCAAGGCAAAGGCGAUCGUCGCCUUCCAUCGGGGCCAAUUUAAGGAGCUCUACAGGAUCCUGGAGAGUCAUACCUUCAGCCCUAACAAUCAUCCCAAGCUGCAAGCCCUCUGGCUCAAGGCCCACUACAUCGAGGCUGAGAGGCUACGUGGCAGGCCCCUCGGCGCAGUCGGAAAAUAUCGAGUGCGUCGUAAGUUUCCGCUACCGCGCACUAUCUGGGACGGCGAGGAAACGUCUUACUGCUUUAAGGAAAAAUCCAGGAGCGUUCUGAGGGAUUGGUAUGCCACCAAUCCUUAUCCGUCACCGCGCGAAAAGCGAGAAUUGGCGGAGAGCACUGGUCUCACCACCACGCAAGUCAGCAAUUGGUUCAAAAACCGGAGGCAGAGAGACCGCGCCGCCGAGCACAGUGGACAGAGGGAGGACAAGACUCACGGCGGGGGUUUAGGAGACUCCAGCAGCGAAAGCGGUGACGAGACGAAGCGACAAUCCGGGCAGCAGCCGCAGCAACAGCCAUCCUCUUGCGCUGUUCAGCAGCAACAGCAGCAGCAGCAGCAGCAGCAGCAGAUGGUGGACCACCAGCAAACCUCCGGCAUGUACCAGCUUCCGCCUCCGGUCACGGUCUCCAGCCCGCAUUCGUAUCACCAGAGUCACGGCACGUCCUUGAGCCACCCGCACAUGCAGCACCACGACACGAGCAGCGAGAGCGGCGAUGACAAGAGGAACCUCCAUCAUCAAUUGCAGCAUCAUCUCCAAGUCGGCACCCACGGUGCCCACGGUCUCGUUCAUCCCACCGCUACUUUGCCACCACCACCGCCCAGUUGCGCUCAACAGAAGAGCCAGUUGGAUUACAUGCAGUACUACAGCCCGCAGGACUAUUUAAUCGGCACGCCGACCUCCGCGGAUUUGCAAAAGUCCUUGCCGCAUACGGCAACGUCGAUGCAGAUGGGCGCGAUCGCGCCUUCCAUGGGCGGGUUGAGCCCGAUGGGUCCUUCGACGAUGCUGUCCAAUACCAUGCAGGGUGUCAACACCAUGAACACCAUGUCGAUGAACGGCAUGGGCAUGGGCGCUUAUCAGGGCAUGAGUUCCAUGGGGAUGUCGACGUCGCACGCGAGUUACCAUAGCGGCCUCGUGUUGGGCGAAUACCAUUCCUUGUGACCUUGGGCCCCAAGCACCCAAAGCAAAAGGAGCCAGGAGAAGACUUAAUGCACAUCGGUGAGGCGCAAGACUUCCGGUCGAUCAAGGUACUCUUGAAUGGUUUGCUGUGAUAUUAUUUGGAUCGUCAAUAAAUUAUUAUCACCAAAGAAAGAUAAAAAAUAUUAUCCUGAUAUUGAAAUUUGAAUUUAGCGUAUUACAAAAGGAUACGAAAUUAUUAAAAAAUGUUAAGAAAAGUCAUUAUUAAAUACAACCCAGUGAGCGAUCUCAAAUUCAUUGUUUUUUAAUGCAAUUAUUAAAUAAUGAAUUUAUUUAAAGAGCUUUAAGUCAAAAAUAUCUUUUUUAUCGCGAUAAUAAUUUCUUGGCGACCCAGUAAUGUUCAGAUAAAUAGGAAGGAGAGUUCUCUACGGAUAUAUCGUUUCGUUCUCCGUGAGCUUUUCUCGGUGGGUAUUUUGAAGCGUAUGAAGAGCGUUAAAAAUAACUGUCUGUUAAACCGUCGCGUCUGCCUCGGCGUUCAGAAAAAUUUUUUAAUUGCGUAAAUAAAUUAUCUUUUUUUAUACACAUAAAAAAAUAAACGUAAAUACGUAUAAUUAAUUAUACGU